AUGUAUGAGAGGAAAGUUUUUCGGUGGUAUGUGCACCACUCAACGUGUGGAGUCCAUGAACAAGUAUGUGAAAGAUUACUUGAGGAAAGGGGUGAGUUGUUUGAAUGUAUUCCAGCAAUUGAUAGGGCUAUGUUACGUCUUAGAAAUACCACGGUGAAGGAUGGUUUCAACGCAAAGUACUCAACACCAGUCCUUAAAACCGCAUUGACAAAACUCGAGCAACAAGCUUCUCUGAUUUACACGCAUAGGUGCUUUGUAUUGGUACGUCAUGAGAUCGAAUCUUGUUCAACACUCACCCAUGAUAAUGUGAUGCAUAAUUUUGGAGGUCUUGUAUACGUAUUGUCAAAAUAUGGUGAACCGCAUAAUAAUUGGACUUGUGUUUACCACGGUGGGGAAAAUAUGCUGAUAGAGUGUGGAUGCUGGAAAUAUGAAAGUGAAGGGAUCCCAUGUUGCCACCUGUUUUAUGUAAUGAAGUGCGAGCACCUUACGGAAAUUCCUCCAGCACUCAUAAUGAAGAGAUGGACAAAGAGUGCCCAAACUGAUACAUGUAGGGGAUUUAUCGGCAAAGGCGAAGACACUACCAACUAA